AAUUCCUUCAACCCUGGUUCAGUGCUUUAAGGAUGUCAUAUAAGAAACCAUUGAAUGUGUUCAAAUGGUCAGUGACCGUUAUCACCUUGAUCCUCAAUGUAUUUAUAUAUUUUUAUCCAGAAAUUUUGAAUAAACCUGACCAAUGUAACUGGCAUAAAUUCGAAGAUGAACAACCAUCAAUUGAUUUGAUGAGUAAUGUUGAAAUUUUGAAUAAUGAAUUGAUCCCAGAUUACCUAUUGGAAAAAUUAUUAUUGAAUUUUCCAUCUUUGCAAUUGAAUAAAUCAGAACCUUUAAGUCCAUAUUAUGAUUCAAAAGUUAAAGAUAUUAAUAUGUUAUUAUUUGGUGAUCCUCAAAUCAAUGGUAAUUGGAAACUGACCAAGUAUAUUAAAAGACUUGAUAAUUAUGGUAAUGAUUAUUACUUGGGCCAUAUAUAUAAUAUCAUGCAAAACAGAUUGAAACCAAGUCAUGUCGCUGUUAUGGGUGAUUUAUUUUCAUCUCAAUGGAUCUUUGACUCUGAAUUUUAUAAUAGAACUUAUAGAUUUGUUGAAAGAUUAUUCCCCCGUCCUUUAGAUUAUAAGAAAAAUGUUAUUGAUACUUGGUCUAAACAUGAAAAUUAUGAUUGGCCUAAUUUUAUGGAGAAUGAACAUGCUAUGGAUCCAAUUCACAGAUUCAAUUCAAGAGUUUAUAAUGAUUUAUAUGAUUGGUUUAAUAAAGAUGAAAAAUUUCCAAAUUUUGAAAAUCCUUUAUUCAUUAAUUUAACCGGUAAUCAUGAUAUUGGUUAUAGUGGUGAUGCUACUUGGCAACACAUGGCAAGAUUUCAUCAUUUAUUUGGUCAAAAUAAUUACGUUAUUAACUAUAAUAAAGGUACUCCAGAAGAAUGGAGAUUGGUUGUCCUUGAUUCCUUAACAAUGGAGGGACCUGCUUUACAGCAAGAAUUUGUUGAUUAUACUUGGUCAUUUAUUGAAAAUUUAGAAAAAUAUGAAAAUCCAAAUUUUAAAGGUUCAACCAUCUUAUUAACUCAUAUUCCUUUCUAUAAAAAAGAAGGUUUAUGUACUGAUGGUCCUCAACACAUUUAUUAUUUUAAUAAUACUAAUGAGCCUUAUAAAAAUGGAAAAUUAAGAAGUCAAAAUCACCUUAGUUACGAAACAAGUCAAAAAGUUCUAAACAUUGUCUUCCCAAAUGAUGAUAAAGAAGGAAUCAUUUUAACUGGUCAUGAUCAUACUGGCUGUGAUAAUUGGUAUAAUUUUAAUAACGAUGUUUGGGAAGCAUCCAAAACAAAAAAUAAUGAUAAUCGUCAAUCAGUAAGAGAAAUUGUUGUUCAAUCAAUGAUGGGUGAUUUCAAUGGUCAAACCGGGAUCUUAACUGGUCAUUUUGACUACUUACAGAACAACUGGAAAUUCGAAUUCUCUUAUUGUUCCUUCACCGUUCAGCAUUGGUGGUGGGCAACUAAAGUGUUCAGCUUGGUCUCAAUCUUAUUACACUCAAUCGCCUUUUUAGCUCGCUAGCCUUUAUAGUUAGUUUGCUACGAUUAGUAUUAUGAAAGUAUCAAAAAUCAUAUAGGUUAUUUAUUUUCGUUAUUCUACGUAGAAUUUUUUUUUUUUUUUUGCGGCAUUAAUCAUAAAUAUUGCAACCUAUGCUUCACCAUCCUUACUUGCUUCUUGAUCAACGUCUUCACCUUCCUCGCGCUCUUCAUUUCUCAAAUCCUUCUCAUUGCUCUCAACUUCUUCAGGCUUUGCUUUUAAAUCAUCCACUUCUUGCUUCAACUCUUCACCAUUCAAUGCUUCAUCCUUGGCUUCGUCACCAGCAGCCUCAGCAUCUUCAGCUUUGAAAACCUUGUCGUCUUCUUGACCCAAUUCUUCUUCUUGCUCUUCAUUCUUAU